GACCUGUACAAAUUUUGAAAUUAAGAGUACUGAGUACUCCAUGAAAAAGGAAGCGAACGGCUCUGUCUCUGGCAACACCAAAACGGAAUCGCCCUACUCCUCUCUCCAUUCCUCAAUUCAGGGUUUUAAAAAGGAUGUUUUCUACCUUUUUCGGAAAUUUGAUUGCGGCGUGCUAGUAUUCCACUCACACUCACACUCACACACUGCAUGCACUGCAGCACGUCGCAGCCGUUAAUGGAGGGCGUCGUGAAGCCGAAGACAACUGAUGCCACGUCACCAUACGACCUAGAGUACAGAGCCAGCGAGGACGACGCCUGGUACAGCGUGUGCGUCCUUCUCGACGCCCGCGCCGAGACGCUCACUGUCAAAUACAUGUGCUCGCCGGAGGUCUACGAGGUUGUCUUCCACGCCUCGAAAUUCCGAACUGAGGCGGAGUUGGAGGAGCUCGUUUCCCGCUUCAGACCGGUUUCGCACCAGCUGCAGGAUCACGAGUGCCUCAAGCUAUCCGUCGGAACCACUGUCUGCGCCGCACAUCCCACCACCGGUGAUGACCUCAGGUUCUACGAAGCCGUUGUUGAUGCGGUGUACCGAAGGACACAUUCAUUUGCUGGUGGGGAAGAGGAGUGUUUGUGCUCCUUUGUGCUAUUCUGGAAACAUGGACGUGGUCGUGGUACCUUGACCUCUGUUAGCAUAGCCAGUAUCUGCCUUUUAGAUACUGCCACGCACAUUGAUCCUAGAAUCAUUGCUUUUGCAAAAAUGGCUAGGAAAAGUCAUGCAUUUAUUACAAAUGAUUCAGAAUCAUCUCAAAAGAGACCCCUGGAAUCGGAGAUCAGCAUGAGGCUUAAAAGUCAAGCAGAUGAAAUGAAAGAUUCAGCAGAGGAUAGCAUCUAUAACCAAUGCACAAAUCAAGAUGAAGAUAUGGGACCGAAACCUUACAACACUAAUGAUUUGGCUACGACUGAUGAUCACUUUUUUAUAUUUAUCAAUAAUCUGGAGAAAGGCCUAACUGCAUCAGUGAUCAAAAGCUUCAUUUAUGAGAAAACUACUAUUCUGGCAGAAGCAUAUGUGUUUCCAAGUCUGGUCUCAGACCCAUUUGCAAGAGGUGCCAUAAUGGUGGAUAGUCAAACGAAGGCUCAGACUGUACAUGAGUUCUUGGACAGUCCAAAUCAUUUCGUUGUGUCUUCAAAAGGAAGGCCAUGGGUUAUCACCCAAAAAGCAUCGGCAGGCACAUUUGGAGCAAGUAUAAGGAACAUACUCCCUGAGGAAACCAAUCAUAAAAGAACUGACAGAGAACUGGAAGUAGUUGUAUCAGGAACUAAAUCUUACGAGAGAGCAACACAGUUAAGAGACUUGGUCUCACAAAUAUCUUACCCCAUAGCAAGCACAGCGGGGAUUACCUUCGGGGAUGAUAUACAUAUCAUUUAUUUUACUGGAUAAUGAUAGAUUACUAUGUACUAUCAAACUAUCCAAUAUCUAGUUUACUUGAUUUUGAAUCUGUGGAUGACCAAAUGUUCUUAAUCAUUUUGGGUGGUUGAAUAUGUGAUAUUUUGUUAAAGAUCGAUAUUUACCUUUCGUGCAUUUAUUUUGGAUAUCUUCAUCCACUGUUAUCAUUAUUUGAUUUGUUUUUAGUUGUUAAUAGAGAAAGAAAUAUACUCUCUCUGUCCCACUAUAAUAGACACAAUAUCUGACUUUUUCUCUCUGGCAUGAGAUUUUAUGCAAUGUUGUUUUGUGAAUUAAGUGGGACAGAUGGAGUAGUAUUUUCUCAAUAUAGAGAGUAAUCCAAGUAGUUUACUUUCUUCAAUACACCAAAAAUUUAAUAUGAAACUUUACGAGAGUUCAUUGUUGGAGAUGUUGUCAGUUCCACAAGAUGGUAAAAGAUGCAGGAUUCUUGAUCAGCUGUUUAUGAUUUCAGUUAUCUUGAUCGAGAUCUAACACUCUCCUAUUCACUAUAAUGCCAUAUAUGCGAGAUCUAACAUAAUGCCAUUUCUGUGACAUGUGUUUAGUAUGUGAAUAGAAACAAGAAGACCCCAUUUGAAAAACAAAACAGAAGGCUGUGUGUAAUAUUUGCUGGUACAAGGUGGUAGUGGUUUGGCACACAAGCACAGAUUGUCAGCAUAUGCAUCUUCACAGAAAAUGUUAUAAGUUCUUCCUUAUGGGAUCUUCCCACACAAUCUACCCUGAAGCUUGCAUGCUUCAGGGCUUCGAUUCCCAGCAAGCUCUUUGGGAUUUUUCCCGUGAGCUUGUUCAAGGAUACGUCGAGACAACUCUACUUGCCCUAUGAACUUCUCGUAGGAUUUCGUUCUGCUAUUUGGUUUCUUGAAAUCUCAAGCCUUUCCAACUUAGCCAGAGAGAGAGCAAUGCAAUCGGUUUGAAUGGAGAUCAAGAAUGAUGAUCUGCUUUGGGAGUUUGAUUGAUGAAGGAUCUGAUUGCUCAUUUGAUCUUGCAGCCU